AUGUCUCGACCCUACCUCUUUCUGCUUGCAGGAGCAGCGGCUGCUCAAGCGCUCGAGCCUCGACAGACCUUCAAUCAGUCCAUCCCACCAACCACAACUCUCAAUGACUCCGGCUCGGUCAUUGAGAACCCGACAGCAUUUGCGACUCCUUUCGUACUGAACGUGGAAGAUAUGUGGGAUCUACUCGUAGGCUCGGUAACCUCGGCAGCAACGACGACCACGGUAUCCGCCACGCCUGUCCCUGCAAGCUCCCUCAUCCCACCGCCCCCUCUCUACUACUCACCGUUCCCCACAGGGCAGCAGUAUCCUAUGGAGUUGAAGAAUGAGUCGUGGUCAUUCAGCAGGAGCUUCUUAUGGGGGGUCGCGAGCGCCGCUUUCCAGAUCGAAGGAGCCGUUAGAGACGACGGUCGCGGACCGAGUGUUUGGGAUGUGCUCGGGCACCGUGUGACUAACUAUGAAGUUAACAAUUACACUGCUGAUGUCGUUGAUAACAACUAUUAUCUGUACAAAGAAGACCUCGCUAGGAUUGCUGCGCUUGGAGUCAAAGCGUACUCAUUCAGCUUGUCAUGGUCGCGAAUCAUGCCGUUUGGCCGAGGACCUGUCAAUCAAGUCGCGAUCGAUCAUUACAACGACGUAAUUAACACUUGUCUGGAGUACGACAUCAUCCCACUGGUGACCUUGUAUCACUGGGACACUCCGUUGGUCCUGCAGGACACAUACGGCGGCUGGUUGAGCGAGGACAUUGUCAACGACUUUGUAGCGUACGCUAGCGUUGCUUUUGCGGCUUUCGGCGACCGUGUGACGUACUGGUUCACGGUGAACGAGCCUAUCGUCUUCUGCCAACAGUACCCACUUCCCGCCCACUACUUCAAAAACUUCACUAUACCAGCCGAGCACCAGCAGUUCUACUGCGGCCAAUCAGUCCUCCUUGCGCACAGUCAGGCAUACCAUCUCGGCAAAUCCAUGAUGCCGAACUCAAUAAUCGCCUACAAGAACAACGGAGGCUACAAGAUCCCACUCACCAACUCCACCGAGGAUGCCCAAGCCGUGCAACGAGCCUGGGACUUCAACGAGGGUUGGUUCAGCGAUCCUGUCUACCUGACUGGCGACUACCCAGCAAGCGUCAAGAACUACACUGCCUCCUUCCUCCGCCCUCUUACACAACAGGAGAUGCAAUCGAUCAACGGCUCGGCUGACAUAUACGCUCACGACGCGUACACCUCGCAAUUCUACUUUGCACCAGAUGGUGGCAUCGACGCAUGUCUCGCGAACAGCAGCAACCCGCUGUACCCCACUUGCGCAAAUACAUCGUACACCUACAGCGCGGCGGAUGGAGGCUGGCUCAUUGGUCCUGCUGCUGACCCUGGAGCUUCUUGGCUGCACAAGGCGACAGACUGGGUUCCACAGUUCUUGAACUACAUCGCGGACACGUGGGCGGGCGGCAGGCCGAUUGUCGUCAGUGAGUUCGGUUUUGCUGAGCCUUUCGAGGCAGACAAGACCUUGUUACAGGACAUCCUGUACGACCCCUUGCGGAUGAGCUAUUAUCACGACUACACGCGUGCGAUGCUUAUCGCGCUGUCCGAGGGUGUCAAUCUCAUCGGUUGCUUGGCGUGGAGCUUUGUGGACAAUUUCGAGUGGGCCUCCGGCUUCUCGAUACGGUUCGGGAUGCAAUACGUCAACUUCUCGGACCCGGCUUUGCCACGCUACUACAAGGCUAGCUUCUUCGAAUAUAAGAGCGCAUUCGACAUCUAUCAGGAGCAGUAG